AUGAGGACUGACCUGGCUCUGGUCCUGACAGCAGCCCUCCUCCUUCACACAUUCCGGGUGAAUAAUGGCGAGCAUUCCUCUGACGGCCCAUGCCAACCUGGCUUCUCACAGAGCUUCUAUUCUGUCUUGAUUCCAAGGGAUAUACUGCAAGGCCAGGUCAUCCGUAAAGGUGCCAAUGUGUCAUCCCAGAAAGUUAAGUUUGAUGACUGCGUGGGGAACACAGCAGUGGUUUUCAAGAGCAGCGAUCCCAACUUCAGUGUGUUGCCAGAUGGGUCCGUCUUUGCUCAGGGAGAGGGAGCUUCCUUGGAUGAGCCAGUCCAGUUUAAACUAACAGCAAGCGGUCCGUACUCACAAGUCUGGAAGACUGUUAUCCAGCUGGCACUGAUAGACCCCCCUUCACAUAAACAAAAUGAGAAUGAGGUCACAAUCGAAGAUGGAAAUGUUGCUGAAAGGAAAGAGAAGAAGGAAACAUUCAAAGCACCGCUUCCAGUCAUCAUGUUUUCGGGAGCCAGCCGGAACAGCUCCAAGGGUCUACGGAGGCAAAAGAGAGACUGGGUGAUUCCACCAAUCAAUGUUGCCGAAAAUUCUCGAGGACCGUUCCCUCAGAUGCUCGUCAGCAUUCGUUCAGACCAGGAUCAAGACAUCUCAAUACGAUAUAGCAUCACUGGUGUCGGUGCAGAUCAGCCCCCUAAUGAGGUAUUCAACAUUGACCCUGUGCUUGGGAAAAUGUUUGUCACCAAACCUUUGGAUAGAGAACAUCGGUCGUCCUACCACCUCCGAGCACAUGCUGUGGACAUGAAUGGAAACAAAGUGGAGAAUCCCAUUGAUCUGUAUAUCUUUGUUAUCGACAUGAACGACAACAGACCGGAGUUUAAGAACCAGGUCUACAAUGGCUCCGUGGAUGAAGGCUCAAAACCAGGAACCUAUGUAAUGCACCUGUCCGCCUUUGAUGCUGAUGACAACACAACGGCCAACGGAAUGGUGCGCUAUCGAAUAUUGUCGCAGACACCACACAGUCCCAUCCCAAAUAUGUUCACCAUCAAUAGCGAGACGGGGGAUAUUGUGACGGUGGCACCUGGUCUCGAUCGAGAGAAAGUGUCGCAGUAUACCAUAAUUGUUCAAGCCACAGACAUGGAGGGCAACCUGAAUUUCGGUCUGUCCAACACAGCAACCGCCAUCAUCUCUAUCACCGACAUAAACGACAACCCCCCCAUGUUAACCUCGAGAACGUUUUCCGGUGAGGUUCCUGAGAAUCGAGUGGAUGUUGCAGUAGCUAAUCUGACAGUGAUAGACGCCGACCAACCACAUUCCCCCAACUGGAAUGCUAUUUACAGGAUCAUCAGUGGUGACCCAUCCGGGCACUUCACCAUUCGCACUGACCCUGUAACCAAUGAUGGCAUGGUGACUGUAGUAAAGGCGGUUGACUUUGAGAUGAACCGAGCCUUCAUGCUGACAGUUGUGGUGUCCAACCAGGCCCAUCUGGCCAGUGGGAUCCAGUCCUCCCUCCAGUCCACGGCGGGUGUCACCAUAUCUGUGCAGGAUGUCAAUGAAGCACCAUACUUCCCCACAAACCCAAAACACAUCCGAUUUCAGGAGGGCGUUCCAGCUGGCACUAGUCUGACAACCUUUUCAGCCACGGAUCCCGAUCGACUACAGAUGCAGCAGACAAUCAGGUACUCCAAACUGAAUGACCCUGCAGACUGGCUGUCUAUUAACAGAACCAAUGGGCAGAUCGUGACCACAGCAAUCCUCGACAGGGAGUCUGUCUUUGUCAAAAACAACAUAUAUGAAGCCACAUUCCUGGCAACAGAUAAUGGCUCUCCUCCAGCCAGUGGCACCGGCACACUGCAGAUCUAUCUGAUAGAUAUAAACGACAACCCCCCAGCGCUCAUACCCAGGGAGUCUCAGAUCUGUGAGCAGAUGAACAAGAAUGCCAACGGUGUCAAUAUCACUGCCAUUGACGCCGACACUGACUCCAACGCUGGGCCUUUUGUCUUCGAGCUACCUACUUAUCCUUCUGGCAUCAGACCCAACUGGACAAUUACACGAAUCAGUGGCUACUACGCCCGCCUCAGUCUGCGAUAUCAGGUGUAUUUGGAGCCGGGCAUGUAUGAGGUUCCGAUAACAGUGUCAGAUUCGGGAAACCCUACCUUGUACAACAGAUCAGUCAUCAAAGUGAAGGUUUGUCCAUGUGAUUCAAACGGAGACUGCACCACUGUGGGCGCUGUGGCAGCCGCCGGCCUGGGAACCGGCGCAAUCAUCUCCAUCCUGAUAUGCAUCAUCAUUCUGCUCAGCAUGGUCUUGCUGUUUGUGGUGUGGAUCAAGCGCAGAGAGAAAGAGAGGCACACCAAACAACUGCUCAUUGACCCUGAGGAUGAUGUCAGGGACAACAUACUGAAAUACGAUGAAGAGGGAGGGGGAGAGGAGGACCAGGACUACGACCUGAGCCAGCUGCAACAGCCUGACUCUUUGGAGCACAUCAUCAGUAAACCUCCCGGUGUCCGCAGGGUAGAUGAACGGCCCAUCAUCCCAGAAUCCCAGUACCCUAUCAGGCCUGUUGUGCCUCACCCUGGCGACAUCGGAGACUUUAUACAUGAGGGGCUACGAGCUGCUGACAAUGACCCCACAGCCCCUCCUUAUGACUCUCUGCUGGUGUUUGACUAUGAGGGCAGUGGCUCCACCAUUGGAUCGGUCAGUUCUCUCAACUCCUCCAGUACGGGGGAGCAGGACUAUGACUACCUCAACGACUGGGGUCCUCGCUUCAAGAAACUGGCUGACAUGUAUGGAGGCGGGGAGGAAAAUUAA